AUGUCCAGCGGGCCGAAGAGCAACAUGCUGCCAGACGAGGAGCCGCAAGCUGGUCCGUCAGCACCAAAGGGCACACUCUCGGCACUGUGGGGCGGCGGGGCCGCACCGGCCCCAGCCCCGCCAGCGGCGGCAGCCGCACGCAAGCGGAGAAGGAAGGACGAGCAGCCGAACGCGCGGCUCGUGUUCGGCGCGAACGGCGUGGGGGUGGACACGAGCCGUGCCGUAUCGGAGGCAACGGCGCCUUCCUCGGCCUCAUCUUCCGCUGCUGUCAGCGACUCGGACGACCCCAAGGCCAAGGGCCGGCGACGGAAUGGUGACAAGCCGCGCGCGCGCAAGCCGAGGAAGAGCGCCACCGAGUCGGGAGCAGGCACGCCGCUCGUCCAGAUCCUCUCGCCUGACACCUCGCCCGUGUCUGCCGUGAUUGACGUCGACACCUCGGACGACGACGACGAGGUGGUGGUCGUCGAGGCGCCGCGCGGGCCCAAGAAGCUCGUCUUUUCGAGCGAUAAGGGCACGGCGCACUCGUUCUUCUCGCGGCCGGCAGCAGCAGCAGCAGCGGCCGCGGCAUCGCCAGCAGCGACGUCGGAAGCUGACGGCGAGCCAGCCGCCGCGCCCUCCUCAGCACCUACGACAACCGACAAGCCCAAGGCCAAGCCCAAAGCCCACGGAUUCUUCUCUCUCAAGCCUGCUGUCGAGCCGGGCAAGCUCAGACCAGGGUGGGGCAGCGUCAAGGAGGGCGAAGAGCCGCACGCCCUCUGGCCGGGGGCCGACUUCCCGAGCCAUGUUGGCGGCGCGGAGCCCUCAAUGGCUGGUAGCAGCCGAUUACCGCGGCGCGGAGUACCCCCUACGCCGAGAGACGAGGGCAGUAUCGACGCGGUCUUCUCGGCGCGGCUGGAGACCAACGGCACACAUCGCCCACCACGGCCACUACCGUUCGACGCGCCGCCGUUCGUGCUCGCACACCCUGCGAUCCAGGCCGUUCUCGGCGACACCCGGCCCGACGACCGCAGAGAAACGUGGUGCGAGCGGCACCGGCCGCGCACCGCGGCCGCAGUGCUGGGUAACGAGCUCGAAGCGACGUACCUCCGCGACUGGCUGCGCGCGUUAUCCGUCGGCAGUGCAGGCGAGCUCAAGAUUGUGCGGCGGGUGCCCCGCCGCCGUGCACUCAACCCCCAGCUUUCGUGGAUUGUCGACGACAUCGGCAUGUUCGGAGGGGCCGAGGAGCCGAUGGAAGACAUCCCAGACCUGUAUGAGGAGCCCGAGCUCGCGCUGGGACAGCGGCCAGAUACGUACCCGCCCAUCGACGACUGGGUGGCCAACACGAUCCUGCUGACUGGCCCGAACGGGUCGGGCAAAUCGGCAGCAGUGCACGCCGCGGCGACCGAGCUCGGGUGGGACGUGUUCGAGGUGUACCCCGGCGUCGGGCGGCGCACGGGGUCCAACCUCCUCGCACUCGUCGGCGACGUGGGGAAGAACCACAUGGUCGGCGUGCGGGAGGAGAAGAAGAGCUUGGCCGAGGCUGCCAAGUCGUUCUUCGGGAGCAAGAUCAAGGCGAAAGAGGCGCCGUCUAGCCAGGGGUCGGCAGCUGACCCGAUCGCCAUUGAGGAGGACGGGGCAGUGGCCAAGCCUGAACCACCGAAGCCGGACACCAAUGCGCAACACAAGCAGUCACUCAUUCUUAUCGACGAGGCGGAUAUCUUGUUCGACGAGGAGAGCACCUUCUGGCCCGCGGUCGUGGGCCUCAUCGCCGAGUCGCGCCGGCCAGUGGUGAUCACAUGCAAUGACCCCACAAGAGUGCCGCGCGACUCGCUGCCAUUACAGACGACGCUGCACUUCCGCCCACCGGCAGCAGACCUCGCGCAGGCGUACCUCGCUGCUGUGGCCUCAGUGCAUAGGGUAGAGAGCGACAUUGGCAGGCUGUAUGAGCGCUCCUUGAAGCCAUCGCAACCCGGCCUCGUCGACCAGCCUCUUCCGCCGAACGGCAACGAGCCGAGCGCGCAGUUCGACCUGCGUGCGGCGCUCACCCAGCUGCAGCUGGACCGCUCGGCACCAGCCGAGCUCAGUGUCGACGAAGCCCAGCUUGUUGGCGAGCUCGACGCGUUGCUACUGCGCCUCGACACGACGUCCUUUGCCGACGCCUACGUUGCGCCCCGGGCAUGGGCACGCAUGGAGAUCCACGAGGUCGACCGCCUCGCACCAGGCAUGGACGACGAGCAGGGUAUCGCGCAGCUGCUCAAACCCGACGUGCAGGAGCUGUACCCUACGCUCGCGCCGUAUGAUCGAGCAGGUGAUAUCGCCUCGGCAUUGGCAUCUCUGGCGGGCGGAUGGGGGGCGCCGCUUGGCGAUCUCCAGACCAGACAAACCGCGUACAUCCGCUCCCUGCUGCCAGUCCUCGACCCCAUUGUCCCCCUAUCAGCCCGCCUCCUCCCCGACGCGACGCUCUUCCUCGAGACGAUGCCGUUCGUGGGCGCCGUCGUGGCGGCCGACGACAUGCUCGAGGCCGAGGACCUCGCCGCGCGCGAGUCGGGCGAAACGCGCGUGAACCGGCGCACGGGGCGCGCGAUCCGCAUCACGGGCGUGAUGGAGGGCAUGAUCCACCGCAGACGGCAGCACCCAGAAGCCGUCGACACGACUACUUCGUCGCCAGUACGCAUGCCGCCGCCACCGUCGUCGCAGCCAAGCACGCCGAACAAGCUGUACCCGCCGAGCAGCCCGCGCCCAGGCUCGCCCUCCUUCUCGCCGUCCUACUCGCCCCAGAGCACAGCCGCGGCGCUGUACGCCAACGGCGCGCCGCUGCUCUCGCCGUCGCCGUCCUUUGCCAACGGGUACGCGUACGACGCCGACGACAACACGCCCGCGCAGCGCGCGGCGCGGGUGCUGCGUGAUGCCGCGAGCUCGGCGCGCGCAGGGUUCCGCGACGCGACGCGGCUCGAGCGCAGCGUCGGCCUCGUGUGGGGGGACGCCGAGCUCGGAUCGCGCGUGUUAAAAGUCGCCCUGCUCAACCUCCUCUGCCUGACCCUCCUCUCAUCCUUCACGCUCGUCAUCCGCCCGCUACUGGCCCACUCGUCAGCCAACGACGCGGCGCACCACGACCUGCUCGAGACGCGCGCGGCCGAGGUCGGCCUGUGGUACAAUGUCCUGUUGAGCUGGCCCCUGUUCGCAGUGUGCUUUUGGAUCAACGGCGUGUGGGGGCCCGACGUGGCGCGCCGCGCUCAGACGCUGUUGCAUCCUAGCUAUCGCCACCAGCCCACGACCACCUCGUCCGCCGCACCCCCGUCCCCCGCCUUCGGCUCGGCAGCCUGGGCAUGGCUCGCGUUCACGCGCAUCCUGCUCAUCUCCGAGCUAACCUUCCUCGGGCGCUCGCUGCGCCUCAUCCCCGUGUUCGGGCGGCCCGUCACCCUGGCUUAUAUGAGCGUCGUGAAUGCGUACUAUGCGUUUGAAUUCCUCCUCUCCUCGCGCCAGUGGCCCCUUGAAUACCGCUGCAAGUACAUCUCGGACCGAUGCGCGUACAUGUUUGGCUUUGGACUCCCCGCGACCCUCCUCACGUCGUUCGCGCCGCCCCUGGUCAACAUGAUCGUCUUCGCACUCAUUUAUCCCUUCUUUCUCAUCCAGGCGCUCCAGUCCAAGCCACCUUCAGCCGCCGCCACGCUGCUGCCCUCUACCCCAUCACCCUCUUCUUCGACACCAACAACACCGACCGGCGACAGCUUUACGCACAGCUGGCCGUCGGCGUCGUUUCGUGCGUCAGGACCAAUUCAAAAGACCCUCUGGUCCCAGAUCCAUGUCCCCAUCUUCUUCUUCUCGCGUCACAUCCUCGCCACGGUCGCGUGGUUCGCCGACGCCCUGGGUCGCGAUAGGGCGGGUACUCACCUUGAGCGUGUGGCGGCGAGCCGAGACGGUUUCGGAAAGAAGCAGUUCUAGGGGAGCCACCAACGCCAGAUCCUGUGCCACUGAGGGUUAGCGCCGCCACCAGCCGCAGAAGGCUGUUAUAGAGGCUUGACACAGGACGGACUUGUAUUCGUCCGGACAAUCACAUGUAUAGAGAUACAGCGG